UUCAUCAAACUACUGCGAAGUGUUACAGCUCCACACUAUUACUGCUCCAACUGUCCGCUGUUGACCAUCAUGUACGGCUCUGCUCUCUAUGUGCUGAUUCUUGGGCUCGUGAGCCGCUCUGCCGUGGCGACUCCAGUGCGCGCGACCAGGAGCGUCCAAAGCGAGUGCGCGCACUGCACCGCGCCCGCCAGAAACCUGCUCACGUCUAUCAUGAGCGUGCUCGAUAAACCAGAAAAGGUGGGAUCCAAUACACUGUUUCAUGGAUUUAACUGCACAGACCUGGGAGUGAUGAUGAACCCAAACACAGAGACGGCGAGUGUGUGUCAGCCCAUUCAGGAUGUGAAAUGCUCAGAUGAAAAAACCUCUCCAUUCAGUGAGACUAAAUGCUUGCAGAACAUUGCUAAUGAUCUGGAUUAUCAUGGAUCCAUGCUCACUGAGUAUGUGAGCACUCUGGAUCCCAAGUCGAACUCGGAGUCUGUUAAGGAGCUCCAGUCCAUUACAGACUCGAUAAAUAAUCUUCAGCAGAGCUGCAAACUGCUGCCCAAACCCAAGUCUUCGAAAGAUAAGUGGACCCCCACUAGCUCUUUCGAAGACCGUAAGGAUUUAUGCAAGCAGCUGAAGGGCUUCCAAGUGCGCACCAUCACCAUUAACCGAGCUCUUGGUUACAUCUGCUCUGGGGAGUAUAAGAAAUAAUCCUACACUUCCACUACAAUCAUCAUCAUCAUCAUCAUCAUCUUUAUCAAUAUCAUCAUCUUUUUAAAAUCCCAAUGCUAGCUGUUUUAUUGUUAUUUAUUCAAAAUUGGCUCCGCACUACUACACCUAUUUAUAUCAUCUACGUGACAAGAAUGUAUAAGCUAACUACAUUUCUUUAGUUGUUAA